UGAGAGCAGGAGACAAAAGUAGCAUUUUCCUCGUCCUCCUGGGCUGGCAGCGGGGCCUCCCCAGCACCACUUGGCUCCUGGCAGCCCUGCCUCUGGGUGCCGGGGUGGCCGAGGCCCAGGCCGCGCCGGCCAGGGCCGAGGAACCGAUGGACGAUGGUGGCCGGAGACCAGGCGCCUGAGGGCCUGGUGGACGGGGGCUGGCACCUGGGCACGGCCUGCUGGCCAGCGGCCCCUGCCCUCCUCUGCUUGCCGCGGUGACCAGCCGGCCGGGUGAGGGACACCGUUUUCACUUCCUUGCUUUUGAGAAGCUCCUCAUCCUCCUGCACCUCGGACACCGUCCUCGUCCGUGACAGACCCCAUGUAGCAGAUGCACGUCUGGCAAUGGCUGGCUUUUCCAGAACCAACUUGGAGGUUAGCCUGGUGUUGGCGGUUGCCUUUUGUGAGGACCUACUGUGUGUGCCGGCCAAGCUCUUGGGAAUUCCGCGUUCAUUCAUUUGCUCUGAUGUCAGCUUCAGGCGAACAUGGCUGGUCCCAGAGCACCCCCAAGAAAGUGCACACCUGUCGUGGCCUUCAGAAGACGCUCCAGGACCACACGGCCAGGUGGAUGGUCUUUGCCCUGCGUCUGGGUGGUGAGGCAGCCCAGGAGGUGAGCAGCCUGGCCGGGAGGGGAACAUGGACCCGAGACCCCAGCACCAGCCCCUUCCUCGCAGGCCCCAACCUGCAGCCAGCCGGGCCCACCCUGCCCAGAGUUCCCAAGGGGCGGGCUUGGCCUGGCCCCCGGCAGGUGGAAGAGAUCCCGCUCCGCCACCCGGCGCGAGGGAGUAGAGCAAGGGUUCCCUGUCCACUCCGGUCCCGCCAAGCCCCGCGCCUGCCCUGUGGCCCGAUUGUGGCGCCGGCCGGCUGGCCUCCUGGAAGCCGGUGGAAUCAGGGAGGCCCCCCCCAGGUCGUUGGCGCAGAGACUCCCCUGAACCAGCUCUGUGCUAGGGUGCUCUCAGCGCCCACGUGGGUGCUGUCAGCGCCCACGGCCCCCAGCCCCCCUCUGACGAGCUGUCCGGCUGGAUGGGCUUCUCUGGUGGCCUGAGCCUCGGUUUACCCAUCUGUAAGACUUAGGCAGGAAUACCUCCUAGCAGAGUUUGGGGGUGCACAGCGUAGAACACCCGUGGCUUCGGUGAGAGCCUGGGGGUGGGACACAGUCUUUGCCCCCGAGAAGCGGCAGGGGUUUAUAAUCCACCGAAAGACAGAAAACUCCCCAACGUGGCGCUCUCCUGGCCUCCUCUCCCUUCGCCGGAGCUCAGCAGGGCCCGGCCUCAUCUGUUUGUUACUUUGGGUUUACUGUGCUGGGUGCUGAGUGAGAGGAAGGGGUGGGUCGAGGCAGCGCCAGCUCCUGCCCCAUGCAGCAUGGGGACUUGUGGCAGCCUCCGCUCCAAGUGGCGAGGGGGCUUUGUUGGCAGCAUCUCUGAGGCAGCCAGGAGGGUUUCAGUGGCCCAGGAACCCAGGCCUGCCGUGGCCACGUGGCUUCGGGUCAGUUUCCCAGGCUUGGGGAGGGCAUGGAGGUGGCCCUGUUAGCAGGGACACUGCCAGAGGUGGCUGAGUAGGGAGAGGCGACCACUCUGAGGCCUCAGGGUCUUAGCAGCUCCACGGGUGGUCGUGCGUCUGUUUGCACAUCACCGGGACAAGGUGCCCCCCCGCCGGGGGGUAUUCCAGACCCCCGAGGUCCUCUUGUCAGUGUUACGAAGCAUCUCCUGGGACAGCAUCUGAGGGCUCAUGGGAAUGACCACACUGUAGCAGAAGACUAAGCCACAGCCUAGGGUCAGACUGCCGGGCCCCAGCCUCACCCCACCUUCCCUGCCGUGUGAUCGUAGGGAAGCCAUGGCCCCUGCCUGGGGUUCUGUUUUCUCGUUUGCAAAAAGGGCGUCCCUACUUCUCCCUGCCUCCUUACCAGACACCAAAGAGCAGAAGGGGAUGCCAAACCUGGCUGAGAAGCGGGGGUCUGGCUCGGGACCAAUCACAGCCCACCACUUGCAGAGAUGAAGCCUGCUACACACACGGCCCUCACCAGUCGUAUAGGCAGGAAGGGAACUAAGGCGUUAUUUGUUUUCUUUUUUGUUUAUGUCUUGCCGCAUUAGAAAUAUAUGUGAAGCAGCUUAGAGCAAUAUUGACAAUGCAGAAGGGUAGAAAUAAACAGCCGAGGAAAUUGGGGCAAAGGGAAAAUCGCAGGUAGGCCUAGAGAAUCCAUGUCAUGUAGGCGCCUCCCAGUUCUGUCAAUUCAGCUCUGAGCUUCCUAGCAGCCAAAGCAAAGAGGAAAAGACUAUCCCUUGCAGGAAGUGCUGUUUAGGGAGUCCUGUCUUCCAUAGUGAUGCUGAGAGAGAGCUGCCUGGUGCAGACACUCAGGGUUACCCCAGAGGCCCCGAUGAGGCCGGGGAGAAAGAGAGGGAGGGAACUCCCUCAUGCUCAGCACAGCUGCACCCCUCCAUCAUCCUGCGCAUCUCACGCCUUGUUUCAUUUAGUUCUCCCAAACCCUGGAAACCUAGGUUGAGAGAGCGGCAGUGAGGACCCCCAGCCCUCUCUGAGCCUGACUUUGACCUUGUGUCUCUCCGUCCCCGAGAUCUACAUUCUUGCAGCCACGGCUGCUGCCCCUUGGAGAAGGUGACCCCAGAAAGCCAGGGUGUUUCAGCCCCAGUGUUUUGGGCACAAAGUCGCAUUGAUGCAGU